AUGCCCGGUAUAUCAAGUAAACCUGAUGAUCUCACUCCUAGGCCGAGCAGAGUGGGCCUGCCAACUCUUGGUCCUACUCCUGAGGCUCGGGCGAACAAUUCAGUCGAACUCCCUCCAUCUCCGAUUCCUUCAUCCACGCCAUAUCCUCGCAGGACCUCUUCAGUCUCUGUAGGCUCUGCCUCUGAGCCCUUGAAAUCAUCCUCUGCGUUUACAUUGAAGGGCGAAAUCAGACAUUCCACAGAUCUUCUCGUUGCCGAGAUUGUCGUAGACUCAAAACUCUAUCCAGUGGGCUACGAAGUUCUUAUUACACCUCGUCCACGAGACAAUGCGAAGUUUAUCUCCCUCGAAAUCUCCCGCGAGAACGACAUGGAACCGGCUUCCAGUGCAAGUACAACUGACCUGCCCAUCAGUUCAAGCGUAUACACCAUUCCUGCUCUGCCACUGCACUCAUCAGGACCGAACGCUGACCGGCCAAUCUGUUCUAUGCCAAGCCCCGUAAUACUUCUCCUCUUCAUCACGGCGGAGAUUCUCCCUACGGAUAUCUCUGUCCGGGCUGUUUGCGUUGCUCUCGCUCCACUCCUCGCUGGCAUGCUCCAAGCAAUUACCGAUCCCUCGCUGCCUUCCAAUUCCAUGAUUGUCACCCUCGUGCAGGACUGGAUGUUUGCCAACAUCGUGGACAUCUGCACACCACCUUGCCUCAGUUCUUUACUUACCCGUCCUCUAGCACCUUUGAAAUCACAUCGCUUUGUAGGGAAGCAUCGACCUCCACCAUCUCUUUAG